AAUAAACACAAAAAGGAGACCCCUCCAUGUUCGAUUUUUCUGUCUGGCGCGUUUUUUUAAUUACUCCUAUCUUUAAAGUCUAUAAUUAAAAACCCUAACUACCAUCUUUCUCUCCCUCUCUCUUACUUCAUUCACUCUCACUCACUCUUACUUCCACUCACCUCCACUGAAUCAUUCUGCCUUCUUUCAACCAAUAGUAUCACCAAAUUUCUGGGUUUUUAUCUACCAACAUAAAUAACAACUGGGUACAUUUAGUUUUUAUCUAAUUAUUCCAUUUUUUGCAAUUUCUGGGUCUGAUUCCUUUCUUUGGAUUAAUAUAAAGGGGAUGUGCUGCUGAUCAACUUUGAUGGCUACUGUGAAAAUGAAGGGCAUUUCAAUUGGAUUUUUAGUGGUAGUGUUGAUUGCCCAUUUUGCUUUCCUAAAGGCAGAGAUUUACAUAGUGACACUUGAGGAAGAUCCUGUAGUGAGUUACCGAGGAGGCGUGAACGGUUUCGAAGCCACUGCUUCUGAGACUGAUGAGAAGAUUGAUGUUACUAGUGAGGCUGUCAUAUCAUAUGCUCGCCACUUAGAAAAAAGACAUGAUAUGCUUCUUGGGUUGCUGUUCAAAGGUGGUACUUACACCAAAUUAUACAGCUAUCGGCACCUUAUUAAUGGUUUUGCAGUUCAUACAUCACCUGAGCAGGUAGAAAUCCUUAGAAGAGCCCCUGGUGUGAAAUCAGUAGAAAGAGAUUGGAAGGUGAAGAGGCUUACAACACAUACACCAGAGUUUCUGGGACUCCCAACUGAGGUAUGGCCAACUGGAGGUGGCCACGACAAGGCAGGAGAAGACAUUGUAAUCGGAUUUGUGGACUCAGGAAUAUUUCCUUCACAUCCAAGCUUUGCAGCACAUGAUUCAGAACGGUAUGGACCUGUUCCUAAGUAUACAGGGAAAUGUGAAGUUGAUCCUGCUACAAAGAAGAGUUUCUGUAAUGGCAAGAUUAUUGGUGCUCAGCAUUUUGCAAAAGCUGCAAUAGCAGCUGGAGCAUUCAAUCCUUCUGUUGAUCAUGCUUCUCCUCUUGAUGGUGAUGGACAUGGAAGCCACACAGCUUCUAUUGCUGCUGGAAACAAUGGUGUUCCUGUCAGAAUGCAUAGAUAUGAAUUUGGAAAAGCAAGUGGCAUGGCUCCUCGUGCCAGAAUUGCUGUUUACAAGGCGCUUUACCCACUUUUUGGAGGAUUUGUUGCAGAUGUGAUGGCUGCAAUCGACCAUGCUGUUCAAGAUGGUGUUGAUAUCAUAAAUCUUUCAGUUGGGCCAAAUAGUCCGCCAGCAGCAACAAAAACAACCUUUCUAAAUCCUUUUGAUGCUGCUCUUCUUUCAGCUGUUAAGGCAGGCAUCUUUGUUGCUCAGGCAGCUGGAAAUGGGGGUCCUUUUCCUAAGACUGUUUUGUCUUACAGUCCAUGGAUAACAUCUGUUGCAGCUGCAAUUGAUGAUCGAAGAUAUAAAAAUCACUUUUUCUUGGGAAAUGGAAAAGUUCUGGCUGGAAUAGGACUUUCACCUGCCACUCAUUUCAACAGAUCUUACACCCUUGUUUCGGCAAAUGAUGCAUUGCUAGAUACAUCUGUUACAAGAUUCAGUCCUUCAGAUUGUCAGAGGCCUGAAGUUCUGAACAGAAAAUUGGUGGAGGGAAAAAUUCUACUUUGUGGCUAUUCUUUCAAUUUUGUUGUUGGUAGUGCAUCAAUCAAGAGAGUUUCUGAGACAGCCAAGAGCCUUGGUGCUGCUGGUUUUGUACUUGCUGUGGAAAGCGUUACUCCUGGGACAAAGUUUGAUCCUGUCCCUAGCAGUAUACCUGGCAUUGUUGUGACUGACGUCAGCAAGUCUCUGGAUCUCAUAGAUUAUUAUAAUGUCUCUACUCCACGGGAUUGGACCGGACGAGUAAAGAGCUUUGAAGCAAAAGGUCAUAUUGGAAAUGGGUUAAAGGCUACUCUUCACAAAUCGGCCCCACAGGUGGCAUUAUUUUCUGCAAGGGGUCCCAACAUAAAAGACUACAGCUUCCGAGAUGCAGAUCUUUUGAAGCCUGACAUUUUGGCUCCUGGAGCUCUCAUAUGGGGAGCUUGGUCUCCAAGCGGUACUGACGAACCCAACUAUGCAGGGGAAGCAUUUGCAAUGAUUUCUGGAACAAGUAUGGCUGCUCCUCAUAUUGCUGGCAUUGCUGCUCUCAUAAAGCAAAAGCACCCUACCUGGAGCCCGGCAGCUAUUAAGUCAGCUUUGAUGACUACAACAACAACAAUCAAUAGAGCUGGGGUACCACUUCAAGCUCAGCAGUACACUGGAUCGUCUGAGGAGAUGACCUUGGUACCUGCAACACCAUUCGAUUAUGGAAGUGGGCAUGUAGAUCCCCGAGCAGCUCUAGAUCCAGGACUAAUUUUUGAUGCAGGUUAUUCAGAUUACUUGGGGUUCUUAUGUACCACACCAGGAAUCAACCCUCAUGAAAUAAGGAACUUCACAAAAUCACCUUGUAAUUUUACCAUGGGCCAUCCAUCGAAUCUCAACUCACCGUCAAUAGCAAUCUCACACCUUGUCAGGACCCGAACUGUCACAAGAACUGUGACUAACGUUGCUGAGGAAGAAACAUACAAAAUCUCAGCUAGGAUGGGACCAUCUAUUGCCAUUGAGGUAAACCCUCCUGCCAUGACUUUACUUCCAGGGGCAUCUCGGAAAUUUUCAGUGUCUUUGACUGUACGUUCAGUGACUGGAUCCUACACCUUUGGCCAAGUUGUCUUAAAAGGAAGCCGAGGGCACAAGGUUAGUAUUCCAGUAGUAGCUAUGGGUUUCAAGCGAUAGGUUAGGGAUGCUUGUCAUUAUAGCGUGAACUUAUAACUUACGGUAUUCUUUAUGACUUGGUAAUAAGCGAGAAGACAAGGUGUUUUGAGAAUGCUAUAUAUGAAUAUCGGAGAGGUUUUAUAGGUGGGAAACUCACUCGUUUUCUUCCUAGGUGAAGUAUUUUUUUUACUUCUUUUUGGUGGCUAAUUUUUGUUGUAAUAUGCUGUUGUGUUAGUCUUUAGGUUAAUCAUAGUAUAGAUUCAGCUUGACCUCUUCUUCUGGUCGUUUUCGGUGUAAAGAAGCUAGUGAAGCAGUGGAAAUGGGGGGAAAGAGAAGGCAAGUGGGUAAAAAAAAGUAUUGUAAGUUACAUGAUCAGUUGUAAUAUUAUGAAUAUUUUGAGUAUUUAAAACACAAUUUAAAGCUUCCAUAAUAAACAGGGCUUUAAUUUUAUGUAUACAUGCAUGUUAAUACUACCCCCUUAUAACAGUUUUA